UUAGACAAUAUCUGGCUACCUAAAACAUUUUGAAUGACAGAUUACAUUCGUCACAGUGCCUUCUUUCCGGACCGGAAGUGGGGCGGGUACAGAGUCGGAUAUGUAGCUGUCUGAGCUAAGACAGUUUACUGUUAUGAAGUUUGUCAUGCAAAUUUGGAUGAGGUAGCAUAAAUAUACACUGAUUUUAAAGGUGUACUACUUAAGAUAUGUAAAUACCGCUUUACGACUUAAAACCAUGCAUUCGAUUGCAGCGCAGCGGUCUGUAACGUAAGAAAGAGGGGGUUAACUUCGCUCAAAUCAAGAUGCUGUGGAAGAAGAGAUGCGACUCAAUCAAUAACAUGCCAACGCGAUAGUGUGUGCCCCUGAAACGUCAACCGUUUAGUUGCUAUGGAGCCCCAAGGUGAGUGCGACCGCUUGUUUGAGGACUCGGACUUCCCCGCAGAAGACUCCUCAGUGUUCUCCUCAGAUUUCACACCCAUCUCCAAACUGCAAGGGCACAUCAACUGGCUCCGCCCCCAGGACAUUUGUCAGUCUCCUCGGCUCUUUCCCCUGGACCCAACCAAGGCUCAUGCCAAGCAAGGCAUUCUGGGAGACUGCUGGUUGUUGUGUGCCUGCACUAUGCUGCUGAAGAACAAGCACUUGAUGGACCAGGUGCUGCCACCGGGCCAGCCGUGGUGGGGGGAGGAGGGCUACACAGGCCGCUUCCUGCUGCGCUUCUGGCAGAGGGGUGGAUGGGUGGAGGUCCGGGUGGAUGACCGCCUGCCCUGCAUCGACAACAAGCUUUGCUUCUCCCAGUGCCUGUGUCCCAUGGCAUUCUGGGUAGCGCUACUGGAGAAGGCAUAUGCUAAGCUACAUGGCUCCUACGAGGCCCUCUGGGCGGGCCAAGUGGAUGAGGCGCUGGUGGACUUGAGCGGAGGCGUGGCAGAACGCUGGAGUCUCCGACUCUCCGAAGAGGCUGGGGAGGAGGAGGUGGAGGAGGAGCAGGGGGAGGAGGAGGAGGAAAAAGAGAAGAAAGGUGGCACACCUCCUCCUGCCAGGAGGAGCAAGGAGCUGAAGCUGCCUCAGGCGGUGAGGGAGGGCUGUGCCAUCAGCUGCUCCUUACACAACAGCACGGGAGGUGUCAGUGAGCUGUGGCAGUACCAUGCCAUGAGUGUGGUGGAAUGGACAGACGUACAGACUGUUGCUGGGGAAACGGAAUGUUUACUUAGAAUCAGGAACCCAUGGGGGAGACGGUGCUGGAGUGGAGCUUGGGCAGAGAAUGGUACUGGCUGGAAUAACAUUGAACCAGCCUGCACCCUGAACCUCCUCAGCCGGACCCAACAAGGAGAAUUCUGGGUCAACCUGAAAGAGUUCCUGGAGGAAUUUGAUGAGGUCACUGUGGGCUACCCAAUCAGUGAUGAAGGCCAUCUACAAAGCAUUUACACUGGAGCUCUUCUGACACACAGGCAGGAGAGGAGUGGCUGCUGGGUGAGAGGCCAGUCAGCGGGCGGCUGUCGCAACAGCAGCAGCUACAGCUCCAACCCAAAGUUCUGGCUGAGGCUCAGUGAGCCCACUGAGGUUCUGGUGUGUCUGCUGCAGCACGCCCCGGAGGAGCGGACCGCGCCCGGCUGCAAGGGGACAGGACGCGAGGACGCCACACCGCCAGGAGUCGGAGGUCAAGAGCGCAGACACCCGCACGCCAUUGGCCUUCACAUGUGGAAGAUAGAGAAGAAGCACUUUAACCUUUCACGGACGCUAAAUACACCCCCAUGCGCCUGCACUUUGUCCCAUGCAUACAAACGGGAGGUGGUGCUGCAGGCCCAGCUCAACUCUGGUUUCCACCUGCUCAUUCCCAGCACCUUCCAGCAGGGGGCGCAGGCACGCUUCCUGCUCAGGGUCUACUCAUCCAGCCCCAUCACACUCAGUGCUGUGAAGGCGAGGGAACCUGUUCAGGCGUCCGGUUUGGAGGGGGAGUGGGAGAGUAGCAGCUGCCAUGGCUCCUGGGUGCCUGGCUCAUCGGCAGGGGGCAGCCGGAACUUUCCGUCUCACAGGCUGAACCCCCGAUUCCCUCUCACUGUGACCUACGACCCCGGGGGACCCAACAUCAGGGUCAAACUGUGUCAGAACUGCCCUGAAUCAGCCUGUCAGGCCAUUGGCUUUCACAUUUAUAAGGUCUUUGACUGUGGCGAGGCAGACAUGUCUUUAGACCAGGAGCCGGUGGUGAGCUGCGUGCCGCACUGUUACACCCAGGAGGUGAGCCUGGCUUGCAGCCUGAGAGCUGGAGCCUACACCAUCAUCCCCUCCACCUACCAGCCAGACCUCAGGGGCCACUUCACCCUUACUGUCGCUCGCAGAAUACACAGAAAAGUGGUCCAGAGCCAGGAGAACCUCGGGAGAGCCAUCCAGGAGAUCUCUUACAUCUCUGUGAUGCGAUGCUAGUUGCUGAUCCUCGCCACUACCGAUGUUUCUGACGUGGGUUCUCUCUCUCUCUGGACGCAGAUGAAAGCGGCCCACUGCUUCCCCUUCCUCCUCCUCCUCCUCCUCCUCCUCCUCCUUCCCCUCCCCUUCCACCGGACUCCCCCAGACCCCCGCACCCCCAUACGCUCCAGCAGGCCUCCAGUAGCCGAUUAGCACAUCACAGCGCAUCCGCUGCCCGCUCACUAAUGGGAGACGACGCGACUCUGCGGUGUAAACAAACAGGCGCUCGUCCGCCACUCAUGAACAAAGAUGCCUCUCAUGGAGGAGAGCGCAGAGAGUUUUAGAGGGGGUUGGGAGACAUGGGGGCAGGGGAGGUUAGGGUAGGGGGGAACUCACCAGCCGGCCAUACCCAUUCACCACAACACCCACCAUUGCUCUGUGAUCUCGUUCCUGUUCUUCACCUCUUACCCCUGCCUACCCCGCCUUUAUGCCCCCCUAUCCCCCUUAGGUCCUUCCACUCUGCUCCCUGCACCUUAACCUGUGCCAGGUCAAGCCUGCCCACCAACCCAGCACCAGCCAUCAACCUGUGGCAGCAGUAGUGGGAGUCAUAGUGUGCAGCAGCCCGCCACUUGAAGUACUGAAGCGGGGGCAGGUGGGUAGAUGAGAGUCGGGGUAAGCUCAGAUGGUGGUGGUGAGGAGAUAGGGGGAAGGGAUAAGGGGUGGGGGAGAGGGGGGAGUUGCAGGGUCCCCUUUGGAAGUAGCCGCCCUGGUUUUUGGCUCGGCACGCAGCGGCCGCAGAAGAGGCAUGCAUGGCUGCCUCAUGUCCUGGGAGUGACAGGCCGUGGCCCACGGAGGGAUGAACGCAGGGUGGCCUGACCAGCACGUUGUGUGUGUGUGUGUCACUGUGUGUGUCUGUGUGUCUGUGUGUCUGUGUGUGUGUGUGUGUGUGAGUGUGUGUGUGUGUGUGUGUGAGAGAGAGAAAAUCAGUUUAUUGCGUGGUAAAUCCUGUUUGCUUGUUUGUUCGAAAGCUGUUGUACAGUUCAGUGACAUGUAAACAAGUAAAUGAUGCCCUAAA